AAUGUUAUUGUUUUUAAUUUAGUUCAAUCAAUAGUUCAUAAAGUGUGUAAAACGAACGUAUCCGAAUUUGACAUAUCAAAUAGUUUACUUGACUCAUGUGUGGUCUUGAUAGUAUUAGGUAAGAAAAAAUCGUAUUCGGAGGCGAUUAAUUAAUCAAGCUAAAUAAAACUGAAUCGAAUGGUUAACGUUUUAAUAUUUUUUAUAAAUAUCGGCUUAAGCAUAUAAGGAAAGCUGAUACAGACUCUUCGUAGACUAGUACAUUAGUUGAUUUAUAGGAUUGCAUGCAAGACAUCACGCUGGCCAGUUCAGGAAUUGUUGCGUGUAGUCGCUCGGCGCUACUCGAAGUGGAAAGCUGGCUCCUGUACCACUGGUUUGCUAUGGAUCGUUCUUUUGGUUUUGGAAGCAAGAGUGAAUUGAAGAUAAACCCCUAGUGAUCUGCAACUGCAUUGAAUCACAUGCAUUACGGUAAGAGUCAGGCUGUUAUGUUUUGUCUCAUAUAACUACGUACAUGUUUGUGUGUAUGUGCAGCUGUUAGUGUUUGUAUACCAUCACAUAGCAUUGUGUAUCCCACCUACGUGAGCAUCUGUUAGAACUCAACAGAUGUUGUGUUUACACAAACACAGUUCAUUGCUGUCUCAACCAAGGUCUGCAACAGUUUAAUUGACACUCAAGGUUAAUUCAAGUAAUAAACCAGAGUCUACGAAUCCUGAGCGCCAUGUCAAGAUGUCUAACUUUUCCUUACUGGUGACUAACAUAUUUCAAGAUAUUGAAGCUGUAACUAUACAGUAGUUUGGAAACUUCAGCCAAUUUUGUUGUUACAAAAUCGUGUACAGAAAUGACUGGGUACAAGAAACAGGGACUGUAUUUAAAUUGCAAUAAGUUAACUCUGAUUACUGAUAUUGCACCAAGUUGCUGGAUAGGUGCUGUUUAUUACUUCAAUGUUAACAUUUUUAGUAGAAGUAACUACUCACAAAGUAAAUUUGUCUUUUUGCUGGCUCUUAGAUUUUGUGCCUGGCUCCUAAACUUUGAGGGAGGCCUGGAUUAGACUAUUUUUAUUGCAUUCAUAAUAUAAAAUCAUUUAAAGUUUUUUUUAUUCUUUACGUUGCAAUAGGCUAGUACUAAAGAAGGAUCAAAUUGGUCACCACAGACUUAAUUAGAAAAAACAAAAUAACAAUAUUUAUAUUUUGGCAGUAUGGAUAUAGAAGUAUAUUACUAGGGUAAAAAGUAUUGAUCUUGUAUGUGUAAAAUAUUGUGCAGUGAAUUUUAUCAGCAUAAUAUUAAGCUUAUGGUGUAAAAUGUUGCAUAGAAAUAUUUUUCUCCUUAGUUUAAGUGAAUUAUUCAUUGAAAACAUCAAAACUGUUGUGUAAGAAAUGCAGGCUUUCAUUUAUUGCUGAUUGGUGAAUGUAUCUUUCACUCAGUGAGUUCUCAAAGCCCAUGGCUGGAUGAUAGGUUCCAGGAAUUUUUAUUUUAAAAUUACAAAUGAUGUUACCAGUUUUGUGAUUUGGUGUGAAAACUAUUACAUUUUUUUUUUUAAAAUUUUGUUUUAUACUUUUACAUACCUAUAUUUUAGUAUGAAGUGAUUUUUCAUUGUUGGAAAACAUUUAUGUAGUCAAAAUAUUUCAUGUAAGUAUUUUGUGGUAGUAAAUAGGUUAAAAACUAUCACAGGUACACACAUAAGAAAAGUAGAACUCACACACAGUUUGUAUUAGUAAGUUUCGUACAGGAUGUUCACAUUUUGGAAAGUCAGGGAGGUUGGGAUUGGUCAGGGACAGCCUGGAAAUUUGCUUGAAGUCCUGCUAAAGUAAUGAAAAUUCCUCGGUGAAAAUUUUAGGGGGCAAUGUUAUGCAUCAGUCUGUCCAUAUUGGUAAGUAGUUUCAAUUAGUUUUGAUAAAAAGUUAAAUAUAAUAUAUAAGAAACAGAGAAAGUGGGAAGAGAAACUAGACUAGUUAUGGGAAUGGGUGAGUUCUGCAUUUUUAAAAAAAAUUUUUAGAAAAAAAAAAGUGAAUUAUUUUUAUUCAGGCCAGGAAAAUUUUACUGCAGAUUAUGUCACCAUUCUGCAAUAUAAAGCAUAUUAGUGUUUGUUAGUAAUGAUUUCAUGUAAAUAAAACACAGUAUAAAAGAAGAUAGAUAGUUGGGGAAUGAAAUGAGGAAGGCAAGAGAGCUUGUUAGGAAGAGGAAUGUUUGCGAGCGCCAGUGCGGGGCCGGGCAGAUAGAGGGCAGCUCGACUCGCUGUGGUUUCCUCCGGCUUCCUGACUGCAUCUUCACUUCCUGUGCCAGUGCGGUGGACAGUGUGCUCGUUGCAGAGAACAGAGGACCUCUUUCACUGGCCGUGCCGCCUCCUGCAGCUGGUUUUGUUUUGCUGCUGGGAUGAGCCCGGCCGAAGCGGCGGAGGGGGAGGGAGAAGGAGGUGGGCUGCUAGCUCGGUGUGGCUCCGUGUUUCUAGACUCUUGUUCGUGUAAUAUGUCUUAUUUUACAUUUUCAGUAAUGUCGGAGGGUUUCAAAGCCCGAGAUAUAGGGCUGAGAGCCCAGAAGAAGAUACUAGGUCGCAUGGCCAACAAAAAUAUUGCCAAAGUUUUUAUAGAUGACACCACUUCUAGUUUACUGGACAAUGUGUACAGGCUAUCCAAGGCUUAUACUGGCAGCAAGAAAGAGGCUGAGAAACUGGUGAAGAAUGUCAUUAAGAUAGUGAUAAAGAUAGGUGUCCUGUACCGCAACGGGCAGUUUUCUGCAGAGGAACUGCGGUUGGCAGAGAAGUUUAAAGGUCGGUUCCACGCCGCAGCGAUGGCGGUGGUAAGUUUCUACGAAGUAGACUUCAGCUACGACCGCCACUACCUGCUAACAGCUCUCAACGAGUCGAGGUCCAUCAUGCACCAAUUGGUUCGGAACCAUCUGUCGGAGAAAUCUCUCAACCGCAUUGACUCGGUCUUUGGUUUCUUUGCCAACGCUGCCUUUCUCGAUUCGAUGUUCAGAAAGGAUUCCGAGCACCGCGAGCUCCUGGGACAGAUUGUGGCCGACAUGAACAAAGCAAUGGAUGAAGGUGGCAUGUAAACAUAUCAUGGUAAUUACAUUCAUAUGCCAUUGAUUUAGAACUCCACAAUUUAUAGUUAUCUUAAGUAACACUUGGUGGUAACAAAACCGUAUUGUGCUAUUAUGUAUUGAAAGUAAUCAAAAUUAUUUUCCAUUUAAACUGUUAUGAUGAUGUUGAAUCCCAGGUUCCAAGUUGGAAUCUGCACCAUUUUUAAGUUACUUUGUAAAUCAAUUUUUAAGCAAUGGAAAAUUUUGUUUUUGUCACAAAAUUUGUUUUGCAUGUGAUUGAAACUUUGUUAUUUUAACAUACUGCAAUGCAAUUGAAAAAAUAAGCUUGUGAUAUUAAUAAAUUGUUUUUUUCAAAGGGGUUAAAAUGAAAUUGAACAGAAAAAAUACACAAAAAAAGUCGUUUUUAUUUUUUGCAGUUCUGUUUGUUGCUGCUCUGAAAUAGACCCAACAGUAACAUUUGGCUUUUGUUAUAAGCUGCUAGAUUUUUUCCUUUGUUUUCCAGUUAUGGCUUAACUCCAUAUAUUUUAGCAUUUGCUAUUUUUUUUAUGUCUUGGAAUCUGGGAUUAAUAUUUUGAAAUUUAUAUUUUAAGAUUUCUGUUUUAAAGAGAAAAUUGAUUUGAUGGACUAAUUCUAUGUAAGCGAUAGUCAUUAAAUUUGUGGCGGAAAAACAUUGAAGCAGGACAUUUUUCCUAAUGGGCCAAUUACAGGCCAGUAUUAGUCUGUUAUAGGGAUGGCUAGCUAGUGUAAACCAUUUGUGCAGUCUUUUGUGAGGUAUCUAAUUCACAAACUCUCAAUGUAAGUUUUUAAAUUAGUGAGUGAACAAAAAUACUUGGCAUUUUGCAGCAUGCCUGGUUGUUGUGUCUAACAUUAAUUGAAAAAAAAAAAUUCUUUUUAUUUAGUUUAUUCCUUAAUCUUUCUCACGAACACAAAUGUAUUUAAGGCUUGGUUUGCUUGUCAUGUUGGUUAUUUCAUUUUCUUGAAAUUACUAUUAAUUAGGAGAAUUUACUGUUUAAAUAUAUUCCCAUAGCUCUUUGGCAAUUUCACAAUCUUUUUUACAAGAUAUUUAUGAGCUGUACAAGAUCACAUAAGUAAUCAUAAGUAUGACUUGUGUGAUGUUUUACCACUAUUGAAUAAAUAAUAUUUAGUAAGUAUAUGUUUUAUAAUUUGAGACAAAAAAUAACAUGCAAAAGAGCAAUUGUUAUAAUUUUUCUAGGAAAAAGCCUUCAAAUACUAAACAGUAAAGACAAGCCAAAGAAAUAAUCAGCAUGGUCUGUGAGACAGGGCCUUAAGAAAUGCAUUUUCAUGUCUUGUUUGGAGAAGUAAUAACACUGUCUCAAAAUAGCAAAGGAAACUGUCAUCAGUCUGGCCUAGUUUUAUAGAUUGUAUUGUAUGAGAUUUUCCAUUGAACACCCAGCGUUUGCAAAUAAUACACAGUAUUGCUGGAUAAAUGGUGUGCACGCUCACUUGUAAUAAAUGAUAACCUCUUGGGCAGCCAUUGCUAAAGGAAAUAAGGGGUUUCUUUUUUAUCCUACUUAAAUCAUAAAGAUGUAAAAUUAAUUUUUGGGCAUGAAGGAUAGUUUUUGGUUGUCUUGUAAUUUAUUAGUCAAUUUAUUUUUGUAAAGUUUGACAGCUAUACAGUGUUGUAGUCUCACAAUACUCAUUUGAUCAGAACUUCUUGUAUUAAAGAAAUUAAGCUAUAUUAAUUUUGCCCAUUAAGUUGAAAUCCAUUGAAUUAGCAUCCAUCAAAUCAAGGGUUGAGUUAGGAAGUAUUACUAGAAGACUGUUGUACUUUUAAACUUUAUUUUUUUUUAUAUGGCUCACUCGAGAAAAAUUUGUAUUUACAAUUUUACUUUAAAUUUUGAUAUUAUGGUUUGUUUAAGAUAAUGUUUUUAGAUAAAACUUUGUGUUAAAUUUAUUAUUGAUCAAUUUUUUUGUUUGGAAUCUAUUACUAAAUAUGCAGAUGAGUUCCACAGCAUAUCAACUAAAUCAGUGGAAUAUGAAUGAAACUUUAUUCGCUAAUAGCUAGCUAGUUAAUCACCAACACCAAAUUAAUAUGACACCUUGGCUUGGCUGGUAAUAUCACUGUUGUAUUUUUAUAAUCAUUUCACAUGAAAAAAUUUUAUAAUUUUUUUUAUCUCUUUGGAACCUAGAUAUUGUACUUUUUUUACUUUUUAUACUGAAACUGAAUCCAAUUAUCAAAAUGAUAAUAAUUGAUAAUAGUAAGUGCUUGACAUAUAGUUCAGUAAUAGAAUAGUUUUUUAGAAUGUUAAUAUUGUACACAGUGUAAAUUCUUCACUGUUCAUGGAUGUAUUCAUUUAGUCAUUAUUUUAAUUUUGUAUUGUUUCUGUUAUACUUGGAAAAAUAUUUUUGUGGCAUGCCCAUAUUGUAUAAUAGAUAGCUUGGCAUGUGGUAUCAGCACACAUUGUAUUCUGGGAGCCGUCAGCUAGUUUUGCACAAAUAAUAGUUGAGUUGCUUUAAGUCCAAACAAAUGGAUUUCCUGUGGACACCAUCAUGGUAAAAAUAUCCCUAUGCACUUUAGUUAGUAUGAAAGAACCUCUUUUCGUUUAUACUUCAGAUGACGUUCAUGAAAAAACCUGGUAAACAAGAUUUUGAAAAUGGUUUUGGGACUUUUAUUACAGAUGUACAGUACAGAAUACAAACAGCUAUCUUAUCUCAGAACAUCAGCUGUUAUAGCCUAUACAGCAGUAUGUUUCUCUGUAUGAAUUUUGACAGUCUGUAUAUAUUUUUUAAAGGAUUUUGUGUAAUUAAUUCACCAGUAAGUUUUUAAUUGUUAAUUUAUAUUAAAAAAUUCUGUAGUUUUAAUAAAUUUUAGAUGUUGUAUAUGGACCUGUGGAAAUAUUAUUUUAGAAUUUAGCAAAUUAAAUAUAUAAUUGGUCAGUAUUUUAUAACAUUAAAUCCUUUAUACUGAAAUAAGUUCAAAGGAAUUCAUAGUUCAUUGUAUGACUUAAUUUACUUUAAGUACUGUACUAAUAAUUUUCUUUCUUUCCCUACAUGAAGUGUUUUUAGUUCUACUGCAGUUUUAUUAUUACAUAUAACAGGGUGGCCAGCCAACCGGGAAAUCGGGAAAUACGGGAAAUAGCCAGGAUUUCUUAAAGAAACCAGGAAUACCUGGAAUCAACCAGGAAUUUUUAUUAGAACCGGGAAUUUUUUUAUGAAGUAACGAUCACAAUAACAUACGGCUGUUAAAUGAGCACGUUCACCACCCGUCGAAGCACGACAGUGUGCUCGUGUGCUAUAUUUUGUGAAAGUUAAUUUGUUCAUAUUGCAUUUAAAAACUUUUGUAGUACGUAAGAAACCGUUAACAAUUCAGACUUCCAUACUUAUUAUGUUUCUGUAUUCAAAAGCAACAGCAUUUUGGCUGAAAAUGUUGUUGUAGGAUGGUAGUAAUUUCUCGCACGGCAUGUUGGUAGCACUAGUUUUGUAUGUAUAUUUGUUUUUACUUUGCACUCAUGUUGUUGCGUCACGGUAUCACGGAUACUUUUCUAGAGUUUUUUUUAAAAGUUUAGUUGUGCGGGACGUUGUUUUGAAUCUUUUAAUCUAACAUGUAAUUGGCGCAGACUAUCAAAAUGUCAACGAGUUCGGUCACCACAUACAAUGACAAAUGUACGGAAGAGUUUGAAUGGGUGGAGAAAGAUCCAAAGUGCGGGACGAACCCUAUUUGCAAUUUCUGUAAUGUUAAAAUCUAUAUCGGUAGCAUGGAUGGGAAGAAAAGCAUUAGCCAGCCACGCAAGAGGGGCAAAACACGUGCGUUUGGUGUCAAGUAAUUUUUGUGACGUGAGAUUAUAAAUUUUUUGUUGGUGGUAGGUUUUGUUUUAAGCAAGUUCAUUGAUUUAAUUUUUAAGCCUAUAGUUAAGUUGUAUAUUGUUUAACGGCAAUAAAACAUCAUAUUGUGUGUGCUUUGUGUAACAAAAAUGCAAAUUGUAUGCAAAUAUUGAUAAAAACCACCCUUGAAAGAACCUGGAAAAAACCAGGAAUUUUAUUAUCCCAGAAGAGUGGCCACCCUGAUAUAAUCAUGUAGCAUCAUAAAAUUUAAACUAUAGCUACAUAUAGCCAGCACAAGUUUCUUAGCUCAUUUACAAUUAAUAAAAUCAGACAAAAAUGUCCUCACUGUGCAUCUGAUUAAUUUUUACCUGUUUAGUGGAAUAGCCUCAACACAUACUCCGACACAUACAUCUACAGACCAAUUCCAAAUUCAUCUCUUACAUGCUUAUUUAAAUGUACAAACUGCCCGUAUUCGUGCAAAAAUAGCUGUCGCUACCCAAAAUGCAAUUCACAAAUACUCCUGGCCAAACCACUUGUUGACAGCUAGGGAAUGCAAUCUUGAGACGAGAUCGCUAAGUCGAGAUCUCGAGGGAUCAGAAAUUAGAUCUCGGCGAGAUCUCAUCAUUGUCGAGAUCUCGAAUGGAUUUCGAAAAGUAUUGUUUUAAUUAGAUAACUGAACAUGAUUGAAACUGCUUAGUAGUUGUGAUUAUGAUGCGAGUAAGAUUUAACAUGAAUUAUUGAAAAAAAAGUCUUUAUUUUUAUAAUUUUUUACUUAUGUUAUGUUAAUGAACUCAAAAAUUCAGACCCGUAAAAUCUCUUAAUAAGAAAGUACUUAUUUUAACAAAGAUAAUGAUAGUGAAAACAAAAAUUUACAAAAAUUGCUAUUUCCAAAAUCACUCUUAAACUAGGAGUGAUUACGAGUGAUCACUCCUAACUAAAUUAAAAGUGAUUUUGGAAAUAGCUUCUUAAAAAACAUGUAGUGCUUAGAGUGCUGUCAGAUAAACUCCAUCUUAUGUCAUUCGCUAUGUAGCCAGCGGCUGAAAAGGCCCUCUCUGAUUCUACGCUAGUUGGUAUCAGCAUGAGCAAGCUGUUGUAUGCAAAUUGCAAAAACAUACCCCUCGAUCCUCCACACUCAUAGAGAUCCAUCUCUUUUUUAAUCACGGACUCUAGCCUGUCUGUAAUUGUAGCAACCCGCGAGAAAGGACUUUUACAGGCUUUCAAUGUAUCUUCUAGUUCCUCUUGAAGAUUUUGUAACCAUGUUGACAAGCCCUAUAUUCAGAGAGCCACUGCUCAUCAACUGAGUCUAUUGGGUGCUAAGAAAAUAAAUAAAUAAAUAAAUAAAUAAAUAAAUAAAUAAAUAAAUAAAGACUUCUAUUUGAUCUUACAGCAGCACGUAAAUUCAUAUCCUCUGCAAUCAUUGAAAGAUGCAAGUCAUCCUCGUUUGCCAAGUUGAGUAUCUGGUUGUUUAGUGCUGCGAUGUAAUCGUCUGAUUAUAUUCUUAAUUUCCUUUCUUAUAAUAUACUUGCUAGGUAAUUGAAAAGAUUCGUUGCCCUUCAAUAGUUCUAAAUCAUCCUGAUAACUAGCCGGAUUUUUUAAAAUACAACAAUGCAGCAGUUGCAUUUAUGCGUCACUCGGAGAUCCGUUUUUUUUCAUCGACUUGGCUAGUUUUUCUGACAGUGGAGUCUUCUGGUCCUCUAAUUUGCGAAGCAUGAACCGCAACAUAUAUUCUGCACUUACUAAAUCUGUAUCGCGGUGGCACAAUACCUCGAAGGCCAGUUUUAUUGGCUGGAAUGUAUUUUCAAAGUCGCUAAGGGCUGCAUGUUCUUCAUCCGUGAAAGAGUAAUCUGAAUUAGAACUGAGAGAGAGAUCGAUUAAAGCCUUGGCCACACACUGUUUUACUUUAUUGUAUGUGCUUAUCAUAUUGCAAAGGCUAGACCAACGAGUUUUACAAUCAAGAACCAUUUGAAUUGUCUUGCCACCAAACUCCUGCAGAAUGUAAUUCUGAAGGAUAUCAUUCUUGGUGGGAGAGUUCUUAAAAAAAUUGACACAUUUUCUUAGUUUUGCUACAAUCGAAUGGUAUUCCGAAGCCAGAUCAGCUUGUCUUACAGGUAAAGAAAAGUAUAAACCAUCGUAACUAUCUGGGUUAUCUUCCAAUUCUUCCUCCUCUUCUGUGCUGUGAUUCGUGUUUUGUUCAGGAUUAGGUUCUAGAUUUUUUUUAUAAAUGAUGUCUGUUAUACCCAACUGUAUCCCGUGUGCGUAGCAAAGCUGUUGAAGCGGUUCAAUCAGACGUCCAUUUUUCUUCAUGAUACUGGCUCCGUCUGUGGUUAUACCAACUAUGUUAUUGUCUAGGGAUAAAUCAUAAUCUAAUAGUUUUUUUUUUUUUUUUUUUUUUUAAAAAAAGCUGAACACAAGACUCUGAGGACAUACUUCCAAAUAUGCGUUCCAGUCCAUGAUUCCAGAAAGUAGGCUGGUUGUUGAUAGUUGUAUGGACAUUAAUAUUCAGAAAGCGCCUAAUCAUUCCAGACGUCCAUUCACCAAAAGAGAGUGUAAAUAUAUAGUCUUCGUUCUUUAGCUUUCAAAGAUAAUCUUUCACUUUCAUUUUGAGUGUCAUACCAUAAUUCAUCACAAUUAAUUUAAUAGUGUUUGGUGAAGAAGGUAAUUUAUAAUUGUUACCUUUUGAAGCAAAAAGAUUCUUUAUGUCCUCGGAUGUGCAGAAAACUUGAAAAGGCAAUCCAUUUUUCGCUACCAUUUGAGAAAUCAUUUUUUCUUUAGUCACGUCACAGUCGGAUUGAAAGUAAUCACUGAUUUUCUUCUUUUUAGGGGGCGUUUGGCAUUCGCUAUUUUCUUGAGCCUCUUUGGCAUAUGCAUAUGGUGGCACUGACUACAUUGUAGUAGACGCUGACGACGACGACGAUGCAGCAUCGAGUUGCAGAGUGGUUGAUGUGCUUCGAACCUCCCGCAUUCAAUGUUUUUGUGUCAAUUUUGUGGAUUGACUUCAUAUGGACAUGAAAUCCUUUUGUGGAACUGGCUGUAGUUUUCAGAAUAGCUUUACAUAUUUUGCAUUGGGCUGUCAAAUGAUUCACCACUUUCUCAAAAUAUCUCCAUACCAGCAACAAACUAUUAAACUCCAUGUAAGGUUAAUUUUGAUUGUUUGUCGACAUUUUAAAAGUAGUAACUUAACAGUCUAGCACUUGCGUAACAAAAUAAUACAAAUUUUCAUUCAAUUAACCCAUAAAGUCACGUAAUUUAAGCACACCGUGACAGUAACUGCACAACCAAAACAAUUGUAAACAAACAAGUGCCUGCACGCACUUGAAUAUCUUCAGCUCACUUACUCUAGUCAGAACUAUAUGACUUAUUCUUUUCUAUUCCACUCGCCCAACAUCGUGAAUACUCGGGAAUAGUCGGGAUAGUUUGCGUAUGCAGUCCGACACUUUCCUUCGCCAGUCAGCGACUCGCUCGCGUGCAGAAAACACGCGUCAUGCGUCGCUGACUACUGCUGCUCGAUAUCGUCAAUCUCGGCUGAGAUCUCGUCAUUUUAUGCUUCGAGAUUGAUCUCGAAAAAUGAGGCGAGAUCUCGGAUGAUCGGGAUCUCGCGAGAUCGAGAUUGCAUUCCCUAUUGAUAGCAAAUCAAGUAUAUUUAAGCAUUAUUCUAUCAUUAAUCUAACAUGAGCAAGAAUGUGAACAUCUAUCUUGUUAAGGUUCGGUCUUACACAGAAAGUAGAUUUUUUUUUUGCUUUACUUUGCUCUGUAAAUUUUAACACCUACCUCUCUUACAUGUGUUGUUCUAUUAUAAAUAUUUUCAACAGAUAUUCACUAAGUUUAAUGUAAUGUAUGUAAAAAGUCAUGCUAGUGUUUGUAAUUAUAUCACAUUAUCUUAUACUUAGUAAAGUAAAUAUCUGUUGUAAAUAUUUGUGACAAUACAACAAAUUCAAGAGACAUAAUGUGUUGAAUUUACAGACAUAGCCCUUACUAAUAGGUAUAAUUAGAAAAUUAAAAGAAAAAUCAACAUGGUGCGUAAGUCCAAGCCUUAAGCUCACUUUUAACAAACAUGUGGUUUGGGGGUUACCGUCAAGUCAACUAAAUAUUGUUAAGAUGAAAUUGUUUACAUAUUAUUUUAAUCAAUAUUGAUGUUCUGAUUUUUUUCUUAUGUUGUGCAAGUGAUACAUAGACUUACUUUAAAUUAUUAAUGUAGAUGCUAGAAGUGAAAUUAUGUUUGCAUGAACUUUUAUCUUCUUUUGAGAUAACAUUUGCUAUAAAACAACUGAGCUUUUUUUCUUCAUAUUUAAUGAAGAAACACUUUUUCUUUCUGUGAUUUAUAGAAAUAUUUUGUGUUGAUAUUAUUGUUUUGUUGUUACUAAACUUGAAUUUGGAUUAAGGUUCAUAUUUUAAGCAAAUAAAUUAAAAUGUACAACAAAUGCAGGCUUUCUAACUACUAUAAUUGCAUUUAAACAUGCAGAUAUAUGGUAAUGGUUUAUACUAUAACUUGUUUGAAAGCCUGUGUAAGAGCAUUUUUUAAUAAGUUUGAUCAAUGUAGUGUGAUCAGUCUAUUCAUAAAGAAUUGUGUGUGUACUGUGGUAUAAAGGACAUUUUAAUAAUUCUUUAGCCCUUACCGGGAGUAAUGUAAUGCCACGACUUCCGGUACGGCUAGAUGGUUUGGUGAAUCAUCUGUAUGAAUGAUUAUUGGCUAGAGGUAGUGUGCUUUGUCAAUAUGAAAGGUAGUUCAACAAAUUAUUUUUGCGAAUAGUUUGGAUUAACUUUCAGGUGAGAGUUUUUUAAGAUGUAGUGAACGCCGGAACAUUGUUGAUUUGAGUUUACCUAUAUUUUAUUUUGGGCUUAGGCUGAGUUGCCAUUCCAUAAAACUGUUUUUAAAGUAAAAUGCACAAAAUUUAGUCUGAGAUGGUUUGAAGCUUGUACUGCUCAAAUUGACAGAAGAAUCCAUCUUGCAUGUAAAAUUCUGUUGAACUUCGACAGUAGAGUUUAUUUGCCUGGCUUUGUUAUAUAUUUGAGCCUUUGUUAUUGUGAAUAUUUUUAAUACUAUGAUACUCAAUAUAAGUACGUACAUCCACUCCUCGAAGCAAUGCUUUAAAAAUACGAAAAAACAGAACACUAAUCAAAACAGCGCUAAUCAAACACUUUUUUCCAUAAGAGUAUGUUAAUCAAAAUAGUUUUCCAAACAGGUAAGUGUGCUUGCUGAUUACCAUUUUAAUCAAGACACUACUCCAAUUAAAAUUGUAUUACAAUACUAAUAUAUGUCUAAAUACAUUUGGAAAUAAAUAUUCACAUAAAAGAAAAAUAUGCUACUUCAAAUCUAUGACUGUGCUACUUCAAAUUAUGCCUUAAAAUAUUGGCUUUGUUACUCUAUACUGCACAAAUUGAACAGCGUUACUUCGAGGAGCAGGUGUAUUUAUUUUAAUUUGAAGUAUUUUUUUUAAUUCAGGGUGCUAAUAUUAGAGACAUGUUUAUAUUCAAAAUUUUGACUUCGUAUUCAUUUUGGUGUGUAUGUGUCUUGAGGCUUAACAUCAGAUAAUGAGAUCUAGAUUCAUAGGAAAGAGGUUUUUUGACUUCAAUUUCUCAACAUAAUGUGGCGGCAAUUUACAGCACACAGUUGUUAAGUAAUUUUUUAUUGAGGGAAAAAAAUAUUUUUAAAAUUCUGGUUUGGUUUUUAUUUAGUUCUCUCUUUGUGACUUGUGUUCUUUAAGCUUGGCUCAAAAACUGACUUGCAUUGGAAUUUUUUUUUCUACUAAACUCGAGUUGGCUCAAGUUUGUAACAUUGAAACUCAGCCAUCUCUUUGUUAAAUUACUAUAAAUCGUUCGAGGAGAUCUAGGUACGUUAAUAUAUUUUGGCCAAUGUUUGGUACAGCAGUAUCUGUUGAAUUUCAUGUGCUCAUGUAGUUUGUUCUGUUGUAUUUGUAUUUAUGUUUGCAACUACGCAAGCACGUGAUAAUGAGAUUGGGUGUUGGUAAGAGAUGGGGCUGCUGUGAAAUGAAGUGGAAGCCGUGAAUAAAGAGACUAGGAGCUAAAGAAUUUGAUAAGUUAUCUACACAACAGUCAUAGAAGUGGCUGUAAAAAUAUUUAUUAAUUCUGGUAUUACAUACUUUAAUCCUGCAGUUCCUAUCAGCACUCUCUUCUUUUUAUGCCAUUUUGUACUAACAUUUUUUUAUUAUUUGUUUUUUUGAAAAUGAAUUCUAGCAUAGAGGUUAGCAAUUAUGGUCUCAUUUUUCAGUUGUGCCUUCAAAUUAAGUUAUAGUACCACAAUAGUGAAUAAAAAUAUAGUUAAAGUAGAAUAGAUAUGCAUAAUUUAUUUGACCUUGUAGAUACCACCCGUGCUAGCCGAAUAUCUCUUGGUCAUAAACAUAAAAAAUAUAACUAAAUGUUUUUUUUUAGUUGUCAAGAUACUGAUAGAUUGUGGUCAUGCAAAAAUGUGCAGAACAAAAAAUUUGGCAAUCUGCUGAUGAAAAUACUACUAAUCAUUACGCUUUUGUAAUUAUGUGACUUGCUGUACAGUCAUUCAUGGCUCAAAAGUUGACUGCUUUUUGAACUACUCAUCAAAUACUCCACAUUGCUUAUAAUAUCCUUUUUCUUCAUGGUACAUAUAGUUUAGUUGAUCCUAAUUUGUAGGUUGCAUACUUAUAAAAAAAGUUUUUUUUUUGUGAUAAAUUACUAUAGUUUAUAAUCUUAGGAGAUUAUAGCACAGCUGACAUUUUGUUAGACUGACUUCAAAGCAAUAUUCCUUAUAUACCUGUGUGUAUUAUUGAGAUACUUGUGAUUAUUAUUAACUCAUUUACAUUAAAAAUGAUUUUGUUAAAAAUUUUGUGAGGUUUUUAUUAGUUGAUUUACAAUUUCAUUUUUUAUAUAAAACAAUUUUAAUUUUUGUGAGGUUUUAUUAUUUAAUAUACAUUUUCACUUUUUAUAGAAAAAUGAAAUAGGUACUAUUUAUUCAAACCACACAAGUUUAAGGUAAAUUUUUUUAACAGAUUCUAUGUUAAAUCAGGUCUGAAUGAAAAGUUUUCAAAAAGAAAGUGUUAAAACAAGAAAGCAAUGGUCAUCUGCUAUCUAAUUUUUGUGGUACAAUGUACUUGUAAAUGCUCAAUUUGUCACUGUUUUUGACCACAUUGUGAUUUUUGAGAAGUGAUAUUAUAUUAAUUCUUAUUUAGAAAACAUUCCUUCAGACCAAAGGUCAAUUUUUUUUUUUACAUAAACCAGUUUUAUAUUAGCAUUUUAUUUGGAAUAUUUUUAAAGAGUUAAUAAAUGUGUCAUGUAUAUUGUGUAUUUUAAACUAAAGUAUUUGUGAUUCUAGUAUUUUAUUUUUUUAUUUGACCAAUGAUGUAAAUAUGAUUGGUCAAAAUUAUUUAUACGUUGAAGUAUAGUCAUUGAGCAAAGUUUUCAUAUUAAUUUUUGGUCACUGUAUUCUCCCUAGGUAUCUUGUACCUUGCACCAUAUACCAGAAAAUACUGGAAAAUAAAAUUUCCCGUCUGUCCUGUAUAGUAACAGCAACCAAGGGAACCAUGUUACUAUGCAUUUCAGUUAUUUCUGUACAGAGUAUUUUCUUAUUUACUCACUAAUACUCAUAACUAUGCAUAUUCAUUUGAGAAAGUAAUAAAUUUUUUUUUAAUAGCUUAGUAGAAUGGGUAAAUGUAAAACUUGGGCUUACAUUCUCUGAUAACUUUUUUUUUUUACUGAAAAAAUAUAUACAUCUGUUGUGUGUUGCUUUGAAUUUGCGUGAACUUCCAUUGCGAAUGCAGUUUCAGUACUUUAAUUAAUAUUUAAUUUUGUGUGUUUGAAGUAUUAUUUUGAUGAUAAUAAUAAUGAAGCAAAAAUGUUUAUUUGUUAUGGUUUAAGACCAAAUAACUCUCAAUUUCAAUGGUAAUAGUCUAGAAAUGUAAACUAUGUAAUCAUAUUGUAUGUUUGUAACAUUUCAACUUACAGUUAAGUGCCUCAUAGUUUCUCAGGUUGUGUCUGAUCCAUGUUUUUUACUUUAUUUCUGCUAGCUAUAAUGAGUUAAUUUUUAAGGUUGUUUAACACAGAAAUAUGCAUGAGCAUAGCAGUUUUUGAUUUCAAAUGUACAUGCGUGUUUGUAUAAUUUAAUUAUGUUAAAUUUUCAAGCAUUAUUUUUUGUUUAUUUUAGCUGUGUUCAAUUUCAUUUAAAGAUUUCAUUUAAAGAUUUUAUUACUGAGAAAAUUGUAUAGUUUCAAUCAACAAAAUUUUUUUUACUUAGAAAUGCUUUGUAUUACCACUUAAUAAUGUGUUUGAAAAAGUGCUGUCAAUAAAAUCAUUGAUCAAACUGUCAAGCUAAUUUUCUCAGGUAAUGACCAAUAAUUUUGUGGUAGGAAACAGUCUUUGGAAUUUGUGUAUCAUUGAUCAUUCUGCACAUGUUCUGUAUGUAUGUUUAAAUGGUGUAAUUGUCAAGAUUUUUGUUUUCAUACUUGAAUUUCAGUAUAUUUACACCUACAGUUUUGCGUGGAAUGAUGUGUUUGCAAAACUGUGUGUAUACAUGAAAAUUUUUGUAUAUUUACAUGUGUACUAUGUUAUGUUUUUAAUUAUAACAUUGUUUUAAAGGUUUGUUUUGUGCGAACAGUUAAAGUUUUGUUCAAAAUGUCAACUGAUACAGUUGUAAUUAAGAGCAGAACUAUAUGUUGCCUUCAUAAUUACGGAACCUGGUUGCUUAAAGCAGCGCUAGUCAUAGGCAAACCACAAUGGACACAAGUUAAAACUUGCAAAUGCAUUGUGUUUCGGGUGAUACUCAAGAGUACUGUUUAGUUAGCUUCAGCCCUGGUUUAUCCCACAGCCAAAUGGCGUGGAAUGUUAGUUAUGAUCUUAGUAUGUAGAGAUUAAACAUUUAUGGCACUGGUUUCAGACAAAGUAAAGUGUGUGAUAAGUUUUAUCUAAAAAAAAAAUAAUAAAAA